UUGUAUCAAUGUUAUCUGAUGUUCAGUACUAAGUCAUUUAACGCUUUCUUCGCAAAUAAUCUAAUGAGAAAGUUUUUGAUUAAUUUGCGCCAGUAGAGCGCAGAAUAUCAAUUCUUGCCCGUCCUUUUGUUUGUAAUUGUGUCCUGUAAGGUUAUAGAGAGACGUUGUAGCGUUGUGACACCUUAUCUUUUGCUUUUAUAGUUAAGUUAAAACGCCCUACUGCAGCAAAAACACAUUUUAGAGUGUUUGAAAUGGUUUUCACUACUGCUGGACGAGCAGAAAUACUGCGAGCAAGUCAGAAAGAUGAACUGGUGUCUGAAAAAAUGCGAUCACAGUUGGCAGAAGUGUUGCUAAGGACAUUGGGCAGUCAUUGGUUUCGUAAAUACAGUAAAUGGACUUCAGUUGGUUCAAGAAACCUGUAUUAUACUUUAACUACAUUAAGUGGUUUUCAAACACUAGGAGAGGAGUACACUGGCAUUGUAAUGGUUGACCAGUCACUGAGAAAAGUUCCAAGCAAAUUUGAAAGAUUUGUGAUGAUUUCUGCACAAUGUGAAGGACUACUACUACUUACUUGCUUAAUGAAGAAAUUACGAGUGUACAUAGAAAAACUGCCAUCAACAAGUGAUGCUGAUGAGGAAGCAUGUCAGAAAGCAUCAAAACUGAUGCUAUUGGCUGAAAAGUGUUUACCAUUUUUUGAGAAGAUACAUACUACAUUGUUUUACUUAAAUGGCACAUACUUAGCAUUGUCCAAGCGUUUAACAGGAAUUCGAUAUGUUCUUCAUCACCACUGGAUCAAAGAUCACAGCACAGAUACUGUAUUCAAAGCAGUGUUAAUUUCAUCUGUUAUAUACUUAUUACUUGCAUCGUAUCACGGAUAUAGAAAACUUUUACAUGAGUUUUCACAUUCAGUAGAAAAAACACAAUAUUCUACUAAUAUCCAAAGAAUUAAAGGACAUACUUGUUCAUUAUGCUUGGAAGAAUUAUCCAGUCCAUCAGCAACAACAUGUGGUCAUGUGUUUUGUUGGUCCUGUAUUUUGGAGUGGCUGAAAUCACAGGAACAGUGCCCUGUAUGCAAAGAUGUUGUAACUCCUAACAGAGUGAUAAUGCUACAGAAUUUUCCAUGAGAUAAAAUUUGAUUACUUCUUUAAUUAUUGAGGAUUGAUAGUUUAUAAACAAUGCCAUUAUUGUGAUUGUGAUGUGAUGAGAUUACACAUGUUUCCAUUCCACAUCCUUCUGUACAUGGAGAAAGUCGUUCCUAAUUAAAAUUAAACAUCCAGUUUUUCCGUACUUUGCUUCCUGGAAGUAUAUCACCUGAAUAACCUCUGUUCUCUGUUAGUCAUCAAAGCUGUAAAUAUUUAUCCACUCUCCCUAAAAUUUCAGCACAGCGGAUUGAUGAUUUGAUUAGAUUAGAUUCACUUUCAUUCCAAUUGAUCCGUAGUGAGAGUGUCCUCCAGGAUGUAAAACAUGUCAGAAAAACAAUAAUACUUGACAAAUAUUUACAACUGAAACAAAUAAGCUAAUGUACCUUCCACAGGUCCCAAGUGGAAUGAUCAUUUUUUAAAUGAACACUAUAUGAAAGAAUAAUUUUACAAACAGUCAUUUACUAAGAUCUCGUUAAAGCACUGAAUUAAAAAAAAUGUUGUUAUUUAUUUAUAAGGUAAAAAACAUAUAAUAGAAAUAUGUAGAUGUUGAAAGAUACUAGAGUAUAGUGACUGCAUGACUUGCUUGAUUGUAUGUGCAAAAAAUAAUGACUUACAUCAUUAUAAAACACAAGAGAGAGAGAGAGAGCAAAGAGAAAUUGAGACCA